GAACUGGCUUUGGGACAGGCGGUUAUCUGCAGCUGAUAAGGGUCGUAUUUAAAGGUUGCUUUAGGAUGAACCUGACCGACUACCUGACUGCCUGCUGCUGGGAGCAACCUGAAGGACCAUGCUGCAGCUUGUACUCGCCGUGACCGCCAACCUGCUGUGUGCUGUUGGAGUAUUCUGCAUGCCACUGCCGGAGCAGGGACCCCACAUCUCUAAUGGCUGGGGCCAGGUGGUCCGGCUCAGGCAUCUGUAUGCGGCCAAGCCGGGACUGCAUCUGCUGAUUGGGGAGGAUGGACAGAUCCGCGGCUCCACAGACCAAACUCUGCACAGUCUGCUUGAGAUCCGUCCGGUGGAUCUGGGUCGUGUUGUCAUCAGAGGGGUCGCAACCACACGGUUUCUCUGCAUAGAGAGCGACGGCAGGCUGUACUCUUCGCACACGUACAGCAAAGAGGACUGCACCUUCAGAGAGCAGAUCCUGGCAGACGGCUACAACAUCUACGUCUCCAACAGCCACGGAGCUCUGCUCAGUCUGGGAAGCCACCAGCAGAGGCUGCAGGGCUUGGACCGAGGCCUUCCCACCUUGGCCCAGUUCCUCCCCAGGGUUAGUACCCUGAAGCAGACCCUGUCUGUGGGACAGAGUGGGUUUGAUCAGCUCACAGCAGCACCCACAGAAGAAACUGUGGAUGAGAUGGACUCGUUUGGAAGACUCUCUCAGAUCAUUCACAGUCCCAGUUUCCACAAGAGAUGAGACAGCAGCUGUGAGAAGUCCUGGGUUGUCCAGACACUCCUUCCUACAUUCUGCAGAGCAGGGACUGACCAGAGGUAGGUCGUCCAGCACCUGGGGAGGCCAGGGAAGGCCAGUCAGACAUGACUGAGCAGCAACCUGCAGAGUGGAGACUGAUACCUGUACAGAGUGUAACGCUCCAUCCCGCCUCUCUCAGCAAAUUGGUUUGCAUUUUCUGAGCAAACAUGAGGCCUGUGACCAUUCUUUUGCUGCGCGGGCUUGUUUCAAACUAUAUGGUAACGACUGCAGGAUCAGCAGAUCCAAAGGAAAAGAAUGUGUCUGAUUCUAUGAGCUACACUACAGCAUGAAUACCAGCCAAACAUGUAAGAUGAAAGAGAAAGAUCAUGGAGGUGAAGAUGAGACGUAUUUUAUUAGUAGAUCGGGUGUGAAGAGAGUUGCUGAAUAGUGACCAAAAUGCUCUCCAAAUAAACAAAAAAAAUUGUAUUUGGGUCACAAUCUGAGUGCCAAUAUAUUUCUACUGUCAUCUAUAAU